CUCAACAGCCUCAUUUACCAGGACACUGAGCUGGCAAAUCAGAUGCACACAACUUUCCUGGCUGUGCUGCGUCCAAGCUCUGCCUUCCUACAACACAGGCUCUCCCCUUGAAGUUCUCUGCAGGAACAGCCAUGCCGGCCAAGGGUCCCCUGCAGAGCGUCCAGGUCUUCGGACGGAAGAAAACUGCAACGGCUGUUGCCCACUGCAAGAGAGGGAAUGGCCUCAUUAAAGUUAAUGGAAGACCUCUGGAAAUGAUCGAGCCCAGAACUCUGCAGUAUAAACUGCUGGAACCUGUCCUCCUCCUGGGGAAGGAACGGUUUGCUGGUGUUGACAUCAGAGUCCGUGUGAAGGGUGGUGGCCACGUAGCUCAGAUCUACGCUAUCCGUCAAGCUAUUUCCAAAGCUUUGGUGGCUUACUAUCAAAAAUAUGUUGAUGAAGCUUCCAAGAAAGAGAUCAAGGAUAUUCUAAUCCAGUAUGAUAGGACUCUGCUUGUUGCAGAUCCUCGCCGUUGUGAAUCCAAGAAAUUUGGAGGACCUGGUGCUCGUGCACGUUACCAGAAGUCUUACCGUUAAAAUUGGUCUCUAGUCAUAUGGCAGUCAAUAAACAGAAAGAAUUUGAUAAUU